CACUUACAAGCUAUUUUAUGAGUCCGUGGACAGUUAUCGCACGUAAACUGCGUAGGAUUUUGCGUAGAGCUGCGGCGGUUUCGAACACGCUAUGAACAGAGCCGAGCCUCAUAAAAUGGCGGAUCGCGGUGAAGAUGUAGAUGGAGAGAGCGAAGAUGAAUUUUAUGAGGUUGUUAACAUCACGGAUUAUGCCAGGAGGCAUCAGUGGUGGAGUCUUGUUUUUGGGAACAGUACAGGACCCAUCGCAGAAAAGUACUCUGUGGCUUCACAGAUCAUGAUGGGUGGAGUGACAGGAUGGUGUGCUGGUUAUCUUUUUCAGAGAGUUGGGAAAAUUGUGGCUACUGCUGUUGGAGGAGGAUUUCUUUUACUACAAAUUGCCAACCACAGUGGCUAUGUGCAGGUUGACUGGAGGAAAGUGGAAAAGGAUGUCAAUAAAGCUAAAAAGCAUUUGAAGAAAAAGGCAAAUAAAGCAGCCCCUGAGCUCAAUUCCUUUAUUGAAGACUCGACAGAAUUUGUGAAGAGGAAUAUUGUUAUCUCGGGGGGAUUUGUUGGAGGAUUUCUGCUGGGCCUGGCAUCCUAAAUGAAACCUGGAUCUACUGUAUUGCCACUGAUUUAAGUAGUUUGCACAUGAAUAUUCUCCCUUAUCUCUGUAUCGCAGCGAUACAACACUGAAACUUGAUGUAUUGUCUGAACUGUUGUUCUAAAUAUAUUCCUCCAAAAUGUUGUUCUUAACUGUACAUAGCUUAAUCAUUCUGAUGAAGAGAGAUAUAUUGUGCCAAUAACUUUAUACAAAAAUUGGUGGUGUUUUUUUGUUAUAUUUUUAUAUUAUUUUGCCUACCCUUAAUCAUAAAGACAUCAACAUGAAGUCUUUUACAUAUA